AGUAAUAUAUAGAUAUUGGCGAAUCCAAUGCCUGCUUUAAUUAGUAUUGUUGCCUUCCUAAAAUCUUAGCCCCUACACAACAGAUCCUCCUUCUCAGGGCCCUCUCAUUUCCUCUCACACAACACACUUACAGGAUUUCAUUGUUGUCCCUGUAAAGAUUUGCUCAAGUUUUGAGUUGGGUGAGUUCAAGAAUCAGUUAAAUUGACAGAAAGAUUGAAUCUUUAGCUGUAAUUUUGUUGUGAAGGGUAAUGUUUGCCUAAAUUUUGAGUUGGUGGCAGAAUGGAGACUCAGAAGAGUGAUACUGAUAACAAGGUAGAUGAUUAUGAAGUGUUAGAACAGUUGGGAAAAAGAACUUUUGGAACUGCAUUUCUUGUUCUCCAUCGAACUGAGAAGAAGAAAUAUGUUCUGAAGAAGAUUCCAUUAGCAAAACAAACAGAAAAGUCCAAGCGCACUGCACAUCAGGAGAUGAAUUUGAUAGCUAAACUGAACCAUCCAUAUAUGUUUGAGUACAAAGAUGCUUGGGUGGACAAGGAAAGCUGUAUAUGCAUCGUCGCCGAUUAUUGCGAAGAUGGAAAUGUGGCAGAGAUCAUAAAGAAGUCUAGAGGAGCAUUUUUCCCUGAAGAGAAACUAUGCAAAUGGCUGACUCAGCUAUUGUUAGCUUUGGAGUAUCUGCAUUCUAAACGUGUUCAGCAUAGAGACCUCAAGUUAUGUAACAUAUUCAUCACAAAGGAUAACGACAUCAGGUUAGGUGAUUUUGGCUUAGCAAAAUUGCUCGAUGCAGAAGGCCUUGCUUCCGUGGUACCUGGCACUCCGAACGGCAUGUGCCCUGAGCUCCUUUCUGGUAUACCCUAUGGCUACAAAUCUGAUAUAUGGUCACUUGGAUGCUGCAUGUUUGAGAUUGCUGCACAUCAACCACCAUUUAGAGCUGCUAUACAAAUCCAACAGGACAAGACUGCACUUAUCAACAAAAUAAACCGGGGUUUGUUCUCACCAAUUCCGAUUAUAUACUCCUCCACCUUGAAACAGAUAAUCAAAAGCAUGCUAAGGAAAAAUCCAGAACACAGACCUACAGCUGCCGAGUUGUUAAGGCAUCAACAUUUGCAACCAUACCUCCUCUUAUGUCACAACCCUUCAUCUGUGUUUCUUCCUGUGAAGUCACCGAGCAGCACGAAAGAGAAAACACGAUCAUCACCUGGAAAAUCUGUCAGUCCAAGAGAGAGCAGAGACAGACAGCUGAAGCUAAAAGAGAAAAGAACUGUCCUAUACUUCAAUGAAAGUGAUAACAUCCAGCCAAGAAACUUAUCAGAUAACCUCUUGUCGUGUCACAACCCUUCAUCUGUGUUUCUUCCUGUGAAGUCCCCAAGCAGCACGAAAGAGAAAACACGACCAUCACCUGGAAAAUCUAUCACUCCGAGAGAUAGCAGAGACAGACAGCUGAAGUUAAAAGAGAAAAGAACUGUCCUUUACUUUGAUGAAAGUGAUAAUAUCCAGCCAAGAAACUUGUCAGAUAAUUAUAACACGUUCCGAGCUAAAAUUGAGACUAAGAGAGUUGAUCCAACAAGCUACUCAGUUAGGAUCUCUCAAGAUAGUGAGGAUUCUAAAAGUGGGGAGAUGAGUGAGGCAGCUGUUUGCAAUGGAUAUGAUCAACCGGAGACCAUCUCGCAAGCAGAAACUACUAUCACUCCAAGCUCUUCAAGUUCAAUGGCAAAAAUAUGGUCCGAGGAACAAGAGCAUGCUUCUCCGGAGCAUGUUAGACGAUUUGAAGAGGAUGAUAGGAAGAGUAGCAAGACAAAAGAACUUGAGGUGUUGAGCAGUCCACUGGACAAUGAGGAAGCAGAUAUAGUAGAAUGUAUCUCCGAAAAGUGUAGCAGAAUGACAUUGUCUAAUGGAAGAUCCAACGCUAAAACACGAUGCUAUGAUGAAGAAAGCACUUCAUCAAAUUCACAGCCUGCAAAACCAGAUACAGAGGCAGCACCAAGAUGCUAUGCUGCUGAAACUGAAAAUGGUAGUGAGUGUAUAGAAGUUACUAUUGACUGCAUGUCAUCUGAAAGUGAUGGUUCACUUCUACAUAAAGACGAGCUAGAAAAGAAAACAACCAUGGUUUGUGACAGCAAACAGUCCAAGAAAGAUGCUCUUCGAGCACUGGAUGAUAAGGUGUCACAGCUCAAGUCACUAGCCGCGUUAGCUAGUAAGGAGGACAAAGACGAUUGGGGAAAUCCUACUUUACAAAGAGCUGAAGCUUUAGAGUCCCUUUUGGAGGUCUGUGCACGACUACUUAAGCAGGAAAAAAUCGAUGAGCUUGCUGGUGUGUUGAAACCAUUCGGAGAUGAUGGAAUGUCAUCUAGAGAGACAGCAAUCUGGUUGACUAAAAGUCUCAUGACUGCACAAAAAUUGUCCAAGGGGUCAUGAUAUUGCACAAAAUAUGUUUUUUUCCUAUCGAAUGAGCUCCUAUUUUACGUAAAUUAGCAAGUGUUGUUGAACUAAAUUGUGCUAGAGGCUCGACGUAGUUGAGCUUCCCUUAGUUUUGAUUCUAUUGUUGUAGGACAGUUGAUGAAGUUGUGAAGAUUAUAAUGUACUUUCUUAGUUGAUUUCUACUCUAUGAUAUUUUCCACAUUUCCUCA